UUCCUAUUUAUUGGACUUCGAACAGGCGACGACAGAACGGUCAAAAUCUAGACUUUUGGCCCAGAAAAUGAACUCUGCUGUCCCAUUUUGACUGGUAUUGAGUUAUAGACUUGUUUAAGACAUGGAGCGGCUUCAAGUAACAUUCGGACAUCUGUCCACCACAGCAUCACAGAGUGACCAGCAAACAGUUCUGACCUGUGAAACAGCCGCAAAAAGGUUCCCCGACAGUCCAGAUGAUGUCGUAAUUAUUUCUGCUCGUAGGACACCGAUUGCUAAAGGAAAUAGGGGAUCAUUUAAGGAAACAUUUCCAGAUGAUCUACUUGUACCAGUAUUUAAAGCUGUUCUACAAGAGGCCAAUGUUGCACCCCAGGACGUCCAAGAUAUCUGUGUGGGAAAUGUUGGUGAUCCCAGACCAGCUGUUUCAGCCAGAACUGGGCAGUUCUUCAGUGGAAUACCAGAAACGACCCCUAUACACUCUACAAACAGACAAUGUUCCUCUGGAUUACAGGCUUGUAUGAAUAUAGCAGGUGCCAUAAAAACAGGUCAGAUUGACUUAGGAAUUGGAGCAGGAGUGGAAUCUAUGACGAUGCACAGAAACACGGGUUCUACAGUUCCAAUAAACCCAGCAGUGUUUGACCACGAUCUUGCCAGACAAGUUCUCAUCCCUAUGGGGAUAACAUCUGAGAAUGUUGCAGAGAAGUAUGGAAUCACCAGAGAAGAACAGGAUAAAUUUGCUCUGCUAUCUCAACAAAGGGCAGGAAAAGCACAACAGACGGGGGCCUUCAACAGAGAAAUUGUCCCCGUGACAACCAAGGUCACAGAUAAAGAUGGAAAUGAGCAAACUAUCACUGUCACUAAAGAUGAAGGGCCCAGACCCACAACACUAGAGAAACUGCUGAAACUGAAGCCAGCUUUUAAAGAGGGAGGAUCCACUACUGCAGGGAACUCCAGCCAGGUAAGCGAUGGAGCAGCUGCCGUACUUAUGGCCCGGAGGUCAGAAGCCAAACGGCGAGGGAUGAAGGUAUUCGGGGUGAUCCGAGGCUACGCUGUGGUGGGCUGUCCCCCAGAUAUAAUGGGCAUCGGACCAGCUGUGGCUAUUCCAGAGCUUCUCAGAAAGACAGGUUUAACUAUUGAUGACAUUGAUGUUUUUGAGAUCAAUGAAGCGUUUGCCAGUCAGGCCUUUUACACUGUACAGAAGCUGGGAAUUCCCUCCGAGAAAGUGAACCCAGUAGGUGGCGCUAUAGCUCUGGGUCACCCAUUGGGCUGUACUGGGGCCAGACAGAUUGCAACACUCCUACAUGAGUUAGAAAGAAGAGGAAAAAGGGCCUUUGGUGUGGUCUCUAUGUGUAUGGGGACAGGAAUGGGGGCGGCCUGUCUGAUUGAGUACCCAGGCCCAGCCUAACAGGUGCUUGUGGAGGAGGUGGGGCUUAGGAGAGAGAGGAGGAGCUUGUAAAAGGAGGAGGAGUCAGGGGGAGGAGCUUGUGAAAGGAGGAGGCAUCUGUGAUAUUUAUCAAAGAAAUCCUCAUAUACUUGGGAUUUUCCUUGGACAAAGACAUUCUACAAUCUUGUAUUUUUAUUGGCCAUCAUAAGAACAAUGAACAGGGAAAAAAAUUGGUGCUGCAUUUUUAAUUGAUGUUAAAUUUGUGUACUGAUACUUUAUUUUUGAUGUAAAUUUAUAUAUGCAGAUGAUAUAAUGUUAUUUAUAUGCUUGAUUGGAAUUAUAUAGUCAUUUUACAGUGGGUUAAAUCAAAUAACUGAAUGAUUAAGACAGGAUUUUGAUUCGCAAUUCAAUCAUUCUUAAAAACUAGAAAUCAAUCCGAGUCUUUAAAAUAUAAUCAUUACUAACAAUAGUUCAUGUUUAAUUUGUUUUUAAUUUAUUUGUCAUGUAACAUCAAUCAUCAUUAAUCAUGAUAUGUUUUCUUACUUAAUAAACUAUUCAUUCCAGA